CAUUGGCACAUCACUACACUAUUUCAGUCAUUCAUUAGCAAUGGGGGUGCUGUCAAAUAAAUUUAAACCCAAUUUUCUGGGUUUACUCAAGUUUAUAAACAGUAUGAAUUGGUUUAUAGUGUUUUUCAGCUUAAUUAACCUGUCCAUGUGCAUUUACGAGGAUCAAAUCGGGAAGUUCGAUUGGCGGCAAACCUACAUCGGCCGGAUAAAAUUCGCCCAAUUCGAUACAGUCUCAACGGCUAAGAAGAUAAUUGUGGCGACUGAGGAGAAUGUUCUAGCCGCCUUGAACAUGAAGACGGGUCAGGUGGUGUGGAGGCAUGUGUUUGAGACGGCCUCCAGCGGCAACAUCCAGCUGCUGCAUGUGGCUGACAAAGUCACUUCCGUGACCGGCUCUAAUCCGUACCUUGUGAGGGGCUGGGACACUAACACAGGAAUUCUACUUUGGGAGUGGUCCUUGACACUGCAAGAUGAUUAUAGAGCGGAAUAUGCAGAGUGGUGGGUACAGAACGGCAUGCUGGUAAACCUGCUGCCAUUCUUCGGCUCUCACUUGGAAGUAUCCAUGUAUAAUUUGGUCUCCGGAUCCAACAGAGGAUCCACAUCAAAACUCCCCGCUCAAUGGACUAAUGAAGGAUGUGUUUUAACCGCACCCUACUACUCAUGUGUAUCAGGCAGCGCUGGAAGUCAGCUCCUACUAUCACUGGAUGUCACAUCCAAAGCUGUGCAGAUUCUCAGCAAGCCACUAUCAGACUUUAUCAACCUCAACAACGGUGUAGGAGGUGAGCUCCGAGAACUAGACGGUAGCUCCAUCCCAGGCUUCAUUGUUGACAAUAAGAAGAUAAUUCUACUGAGGAACAACAAGUUUGAACCUCUGAGUGUAGAAGUGAGUGACUCUACAGUCAGUGCGGGCGUAGUAGAUGGAGUUGAGGGACCAAUGCUGCUACAGAUUUGGAAUGAAGAGAAUAAGGCUUUCUCCCUGCGCGCUCAUAGCAUUGAGACGGGUAAAGUGAUACCGGAAAUAAGCAGUACAGAGAAGGUCAAUAUUCCGGAGCCUGAUCUGCUGGCGGGCAUGUGCUCUAAGAGCGGCCGAGAGCAGCACGUGUGCAGACUGCUGGUUGGUGCAGCUGAUGACGCCGUGCAUCUGAUGCAGCAGGCUGGUCGCACGCUGUGGUCCCGACAGGAGGCGCUCGCUAACGUGGUAGCGGUGGAGUUCGUGGACCUCCCCGUCUCCGACACAGACGCCGAACUGGAGACUGAAUUUGGAAAGGAAGCUGCGAAGGAGACUAGUUCCGUGUGGUCCGCGUUCACUCGCCGCCUGUACACGCAGUACCAGCAGCUGACGAAGCUGGCGAGUGGGCUCGACAGUGCCGAGGACUCCGCGGAGCUGGUCCGCGACUACUUCAACCUGCACAAGGUCAUCAUGCUCGUCACUCAGGCUGGAAAGAUAUUCGGCAUGGACAACCUCUCGGGUCGUAUACUGUGGGAGCGGUACGAGGCGGAGCUGAACUCUGCGGCGGCGCUGGUGUUCACGCGGCGCGCGGCGCGACACCCGCCCGCUGACGCCGUCGUGUCCGUCAUUGGGAAACAUGUGGACACAGGCAACGGUUAUAUAGUAACCCUCGACCCGCUGACGGGCUCGCUGGUGGAGGAGGGGCGGUACGCCGCGAGCGCGCGCCUGCGGCAGGCGACGCUCGCGCCCGCACCGCUCGCGACAGGACUGCGCGCGCUGCUGCUGCUGGAUGAGGAUGACGCUGUGCAGGUUAUACCACAUUCCGCUGCACCAUUGGUGGAGAAUAUGUACAUGUAUGUUGCUGAGAAGGAGACCGGCAAAGUUGAAGGCUUCGCCCUGAGAUAUAAUGGAAAGGAGCUAACAGCAGUGCGCACGUGGUCCUCUCUGCCGGGCGGUGCGGGCGCGCGCGUAGUGGCGGCGGUGGCGGCGCGCGCGGCGGACGUGCGCUCGCCGGGCCGCGCGCUGCCGGACCGUUCGGUGCUGUACAAAUACACCAACCCCGCGCUCCUGUUGUUAGUGCUGCAGAGAAAGGAUCGAGGUGCUGAUGAGGUAGUGAGCGUGGCGCUAGACGGCGUGACGGGCGCGGUGGUGGCGGGCGCGACGCACCGGCGGGCGAGUGCGUUACCCCUAGCCGUGCACGCUGACAACUGCCUAGCGUAUCUAUACCGCAACGACAAACAUCGACGAGUUGAAAUCGCUACGAUGGAGUUAUACGAGGGCCCCACGCGGUGGAGCUCGCCGGGCGCACCGUUCAGCUCGUGGGAGGAGUGGCGCGCGGCGAGCGUGCGGCGCGCGGCGUACGUGCUGCCCGCCACGCCCACCACCGCCGCGCUCACUCACACGCGCCGACAGAUCGCCGACACACAUUUGUUGCUGGGCCUGUCGACGGGCAGCAUCGUGGAGUUACCGUGGGCGUUGCUGGAGGCGCGGCGCUUGGGGGCGGGGCCCGCGGGUGAGGGCAUGGAGGGGACGCUGCCGUACACGCCUGAGCUGCCCCUGCCCGCGGACGCCGCCGUCAACUACAACCGCACGCUCGAGCGACUCGCCGCCAUACACGCCGCGCCCGCUGGCUUAGAGUCCACGAGUCUUGUGCUCGCUACUGGACUAGAUCUCUACUACACACGGGUGGCUCCAUCUAAGACGUUCGAUCUACUAAAAGACGAUUUUGACUACUACCUUAUCACGAUAGUGCUAAUUGCGCUGCUGGUGGCCACGUACAGCACCAAAUACUUCGCGUCCAGGAAAAUGCUCAAGCAGGCGUGGAAGUGAUGUAUAUAGUGUAGGGAAUUUGAACUGUAUUGUAAUGUGAAAUGGUGACGUACCAAAGUAUUAGCAGUUUUAUAAUGACUCUGUUCUCUGCUGAAUCACUGAUGCGAGUGUCUAGUGUUUGCUGUAUAGAUCGCGUUUAAUUUUAUAUCUGCAUUUUAAACACAAGCCUUGGUCCACGCAAAACGCAGUGGCUGCACUGCUAAAAUGAAACAAAAUUGGCUAAAAGAGCCAAUGCAAUGUUAUGAGUAAAUUUUGUUACUUUUGCACUUAUUAAGGGAAUUUAAUUCAUAAGCAGAAUGGUAGUCAUUAUGGAUUUAUAAUUAACAAACUGACAUGUCAUUUGAAUACACCAUGUUUUCAUAACCUAUAAUUUGAGAUAGCUUUAGAAAAAAAAAUAGUUUGUUAUUAUUUUUAGCAAUA